CAUUACCGCCAAUCAGCACCUAAGCAAAGUUGUCGAAUUCAACAAAUGAGAAUCGAAUCUCCAGUCAAGUCCAGUCAAUUGAGUUUCGUACCUACGCCUCAAAGGGUAGCGUUUUUAAAAUAAAUGGUUAUUACUUACUAAAUAUAAUCUCAAAAAUGGAUGUCUUUCUAAUGAUUAGGCGAAAAAAAUUAACCAUCUUCACGGACGCUAAAGACACGACAACGGUACUGGAAUUAAAGAAAAUGAUUGAAGGCAUCUUAAAGACUCCUCCCCCGAGUCAGAUGCUAUUCAACAAGGACAGCCAGCUCAUGGAAGACGAGAAGACCCUGGCAGAGUACGGACUCACCUCGGCUACAGCUAAAGCUCAGUGCCCGGCACCCAUUGGACUUGCUCUAAGAAAGGAAAGUGGCGAAUUUGAAGCUCUGGAUCUGACCCCGUACUCCUCCCCCCCGGACCUGCCCGACGUGAUGAAGUCACAGGAAGCCAACGGACAGGAGCAGAUGGACCAGCACUAAGCCGCCGCACGUCCAGCGGCCGCAGCACCCGCGCCGCGACACACCGCAUAUAAACAUACUUAUUUUGUUAAUCAUUUAUCGAUUUGUGCUCGGUUUUAACAAUUCUGUUGCUACACGUUUGUUUGUAGUAUUUUUGUGAUGCUUUGUAACGGAUGAC